AUGAAGCUGGUAGAAGAAGAAAAAAUCCUUCCUAAUAGCAGUGGAAUCAUCAAUAUCGUUCCUGAAGAACCAGAUGACAUGUGGCUCCUCUACAAUUUGAUUUCUAAGGGCGAUGUCAUCGUUGCCGAUACAACCCGCAAAACCGCCUUUGGCAGAGUUAGACUCACACUUGAAAUCAAAAUCACCGCCAUCGAUUAUGAUAAAGUAGGCUCAGUAAUCCGCGUCGCCGGCAGGAACUUGGUGCACAAUGAACACGUAGACGCCGGUGCCUUCCACACCAUAGAGAUUGAGAGGAAUAAACCGUUUGACCUGAAGAAGAAAGUUUGGGAUUCUGAUGCAAUCGAGGAACUACGCUCCUACGGCAAUGCUGCUAAAGCAGACCUCGCAGUCUUGUUGAUACAAGACGUAUCCGCGGAGUUGUACUCGAUAGGGAAAAUAGCCACUACACUUUGUGCCAACAUUGAAGCCCCAUCUAAAACCAAUAGAGCUGCAAAAUCGAAAUCUCAGUCAAAGUCAAACAAGUUUUUUGAAAACAUUUUAACAGAAUUUGUAAAGCACGUAAAUUUCAACUUCGUAAGCUUGGUCAUAAUAGCAAGUCCUGUUGGGACGGAGUUUCGGCAAUACUUGCUAGCAGAAUCACGAAGGCAGAAGCUGCAGCAAAUAGAAGAAAAUAAGGAACGUGUGGUAGUGGUGAAUACUUCGGGAAAAGCAACUUUGAAAGCGGUGUUGCAAGAGCCCGAGGUAAUGAAAUUGAUUCGGGGCAAAAACGGGGCAGUGGAGAUAACAGCAUGGAAGGAUUUGUGCGACAUGUUGAGCAACGAUUCAAGUAGGGCGUGUUAUGGAUCAAAGAGUGUGGAGAAGGCAAAUGAAUUGAUGGCAAUCGACACCCUGUUUAUAAGUGAUGAACUUUACCGGAGUGCAAACCAUGGAAGUAGGCACAAGUACACGGAUUUAGUUAAGUCGGUAAAGAAGGCGGGAGGGAAGGCCUUGGUAUAUUCACACAAUCAUGUAAUGGGAGAGCAGUUAGGUCAGUUAACUGGGAUUGCUGCUAUUCUUAGGUUUCCAUUGCCUGAUCUGGAUGACAUGGAAUUGUGA